CGCCGCUCAGACCUGCCGCUGCCUCGGCUCCAGACACUUCCUGCUCCGACUCAGUUUUCGCAGUCCUGAAGAGGGGGACAGGAUGAGGAGCAGAGAUGUUUGGGAGGGAACGUGACUCCUGGGGCUUCACUUAAGGACAUUAAGAUGACAUAAACUAAGGCCUCACCUGGAACUGAUUCCUUUGCUGUGUUCCUCUUUCUUUUUGUUUCGUUUGCUUAUUCCCUGUGUUUGUUUUUCAUCAGGUGUCUUUCGGAAGAGUGUUUUCUACGACGAAUCUUUAAUUUAUCACACUACCGUCCUGAAAGCGUGAUUUUUGUCACUCCUCCUUGUGUCGUAUGUAAUCUCGAGAUUUCAGAUAGCAAUAGAAGUUUCAAAGGUCUCAGAAACGCUGCACUCAUCAUAUCUUCGGGGCAUUCAUCACUCUGCAGGCUGCAUUCGACAUGCAACAUACUUUAAAGAAUCGCUGCACAUUAGUUUAAUGACCUCCUUUCAUAGAAAAGGUGUGUUUUGCUUCUCGUUUUAUUGAUACUUUAUUGAUGUAUGAGCUACUUCUUUUCACAGGUUCAGUUUUGUACCUUUGUGUGAUUAUUUAAAGAUUACUGAGUAAUUAGCUGCUCUGCUGCAUGGUUUUUCUGAGACCAAAGGCAGCUUGAAACUGAAAUGUAAACUUUUUUGUACUUAUGCAAUUUCUUUGUUUCUGAUUGACUGAGUUUCCCGUUCAAGUGUUGAAGUAUUGCUUGUUCAGUUUUUAAUUGAACGUUGGAGUUGACAGCUUAGAUUUAAUUGCCUUUUUUCCCUCUCAUCUUCACUGGAUUAUUCCUUUUGAAAAAUGACUCUUUAUACUGGAAAACGUUUGCAUUUCAAAUGAAGACCCGAUCUGAAGUUUUUUUUUUUUGUUUUUGUUGCCUGCGUGAAGAAUAAUUUUCAAGUGAUUUCAGGGAUGAAGUUCUUUUGUGACACAUUUUAAUUUUUCUUGCACAUUUUGAAGAACUGACAGCUUUUUGAGCUUCUGGUUCCGGAAGGUCGAACACUUUGCUUCGUCAGACUGGCAGACGUCGUCCCAUCUAAAAGCGAGUAUGCGCUCCCCAGAUUCCGCCUCACCUUCUCCAGAAGAAGCCCUCCUUCAUGGACAGUUUGCCAGCUGGGUAUGUGGCAGUAAAACCCCUGGAAGCUCAAGACGGCUUUCCUCCAUCACCUCACCACCUCAGAGUCCGGCGUCCAACCUUGCCUUGACCCUCACCCCCACCCACAUUCACGUUCAGCAACUCUCAUCACGGUCCGGGAAGGAAGCCCGUCUCCUGCUGCCUUUGUCUGAGCUGGUGGGGUGCAGCUGUCCUCGCUCUCCUGCGCCGCCGCUGCUUGUGCUGUAUUGGUAUAAACCAGGGAAACAGAAGAAGGGAGAAAAGUUCAGGCAGGUGAAGGCGUACCUGGCGGAAAGCCGGCCUGAAGCUGAGAAGUGGUCGACCGCUAUUCAGUGUUUGCUCAGAGAAGUCCCCAUUACAGCUGACACAGAGUUUUCCAGAAGUCUGCUACCUCGUCCCAGGCGACUACUGUUAUUGGUCAAUCCGUAUAGCGGAAGAGGCCAGGCGAUGCAGUGGUGUCAGACCCACAUCUUGCCAAUGAUUAAGGAGGCCAACAUCAGCUACAACCUCAUACAGACGGAGCGUCGGAACCACGCGAGAGAGCUCGUCAGAGAGAUAUCGCUUCCAGAGUGGGACGGCAUUGUCAUCGUUUCUGGAGACGGUUUGCUGCAUGAGGUUAUUAAUGGACUGAUGGAGCGUCCAGACUGGGAACAAGCAAUAAAGACACCUCUUGGCAUUCUGCCCUGCGGCUCUGGGAAUGCACUGGCUGGCUCCAUCAACCACUACGCAGGGUAUGAAAUGUGCCUUCGAGAGUCGCUCCUUUUAAAUUGCUGCUUCUUGCUCUGUCGAGGCGGCAUCCGACCCAUGGACCUGGUCUCUGUAACAGUAACCCCUCUGCCCUCCAAAAACGGCCAUGCUGCAGCACCCAGGAGACUGUUUUCCUUCCUCUCUGUCGCCUGGGGCUUUGUGUCUGAUGUUGACAUCGAAAGUGAAAAGUAUCGUGGUUUGGGCUCAGCGCGCUUCACUUUGGGCACUUUGGUGCGCAUAGCUUCUCUUCGAUCGUACAAGGGCCGUCUGUCCUACAUGCCUCCCUCUGCAGUUGCCACAACUUCAAAUGGGACACCUCUACCCAGGAGACUCCUUUCCCGCAGCAUUACUGAAGGCCUGGAUGGAUUCUGCAAAACACCCAUCCAUCGCACUUGCUCCGACAUGGGUAUCAGUGAGCAGAUGAGCCUCUUGCGCAAAAGUGAGAUGGAAAAAGAGGAGAGGCAGAGAGAGAGGACAAGGAGACGACAGAGGGGUAAAGGAACUGGUGUGGUGAGAGCGAGCAGUCUGGCAGAAGACAGAGAGAAGGAGGGGGAGAUGGAGAUGGAAGCUGAAGAAAAGUUUGAAAACUGUUCGGAGAAGUCCGGAGCGAGUUCCGUGUCAAAUGAACGAGAUGAAUCCAAUAUGGGAAGAGAUGAAAGGCUGGCAGGGAUAAGAGACGAAAAGGAAGACGAGGAAACAUCAGAGGAAACAUUUUACUCUUGUGAAAUGUUGGAGGAUGACGAUGAGAGGGACAAGGAAGGCAGUGGCGGUUCUCUGGAGGCGGACGGAGUGUUGCGAGCCAGGGAGGUGGGGGAGAGCUACGGUGUGGACAUGGGAAGAGAGGCACGGGAAGAUGAGCUCUCUAGCCAGGACAGUCUUCAGAACGCCAGAGAGUUGGUGAGAAAGAACUCGGCUCCUUCGAGCCAGAUAUCCGACGCUCUGCUGAGCCAGCCUCUCAGUCAAGAAUCCAGCACAGAUUCUGGGAUUUCUUAUAGCCUGGAGGACCUGGAUCUGAACGACACAAUAUUCCAAAAACAGUCUAACUCUCUGGAUGUGGCUCGGGAGCGAUCUUUCACCAUCUCCUCCCCUUUCCGUUACAAUCCCUUCUCCUACAAGCAGAAAGUUCUGGACCAAAACCAAAACACGUCCCGUCCAAGGCCCCACUCACUCCUCCAGCACUCCAGCUCCAACUCCCUCCCUCCUAAAAUGACUCCCCCCUCCUUUUCUCCCACAUCAACCUCUUCCUCUUCCUGUUCCUCUCCACACUCAUCAUCCUACCUCGCCCCAUGUCCUAACACCCCUGACUCCACCUUGAGCUCUCCCUCAUUCCAAAUGCCGUCCACGUCUUUUAACUUUGACCUUAACGAACCAGCAGGACGUUUAAGGAACCGUUCGUGUGUCUCGCUGCCUUCCGAUGUGCCAACAGACGACUUGUUACCGCCUCUCGAUCAGCCGCUCCCCACCAGAGAUUGGGUUACCAUUGAAGGGGACUUCGUCUUGGUUUUGGCCCUUUACCAGAGCCACCUCGGGGCUGACCUCCACGCUGCACCUCAGGCCAGAUUUGACGAUGGCCUGAUCCACCUGACCUUCGUUCGGGCCGGCAUCUCCAGAGCCACACUACUCAGACUGUUCCUUGCCAUGGAAAAAGGAAACCACCACUCACUCACCUCGCCAUUCGUGAGUCACGUAACCUGCAAGGCCUUCAGGCUGCAUCCGCUGUCUCCGCGGGGAACCCUCACUGUGGACGGGGAACUAAUGCCCUAUGGGCCACUACAAGCGCAGGUUCAUCCUUCCAUGGCCCGCAUAGUUGUUGGAGACACUGGAGUAAAGACUACCAGACUUUAAUAAGGGAUUAUGGAUCUUAUAUGUUGAUAUAUCAAUACUCUAUUGAAUUGUCUCUGUCGCCCUUAAGCUCUCAGACGGAGAAGGAUAAAGUGGAGUGUUUGAGACACUACCUGUGUUUGCAAGAAACACUUUUCGUAGGGAUGUAAAGGGAUAACACACCGAGCCAUGCGUCAUUGCACAAUGACUGCAGGGAUUAAUACUAAAUUUCAAGAAUUAUUUUGAAAAUGCUUAGUUGCACAAGUGUUGUAUAAUGUAUAGUAAGAAGGGGAACCACACAGCCUUGGUUAAGAAGAGGGAUUACCAAUACCAAUUGAAUGUUUUGUGGAUUUUUUCGAGCAGACAGUGCAUGAGUUGAAUGUGUACAUGUUGGUAUGCAUGCAGAGACGCACUUACUGAUUUUUGCCUUAGAAUGAGGAAAAUACGAUUAAUGCCUAAGACAAAGAUAUUCUGGGAUGAUAAAAAUACACAGAAAUUAUCCAUAGCCCCUCAUCUGGACUCUUUCUUCCACCAGUGUUCAACUAUUAAAGGACAACAACUUUUGUCUUUUAAAUUAAUGCCUUAUCUACCAUUUGCUCAUUCUGUUAUGUAAUAAGCCUAGAACUUGAUAGAAAGUUUGGGAUGUUUUUAAGGUAAGGUUUUGCUUGAAACGGUAUAAACGACUAAUUUCCUACCUGCAGUAGACAAUUUAAUGCAUUCAAUUUAGAUCAAAUUUAGAUGGUCUAUGAAGCUAAAGCUAAUAGCUAGUCCAAUCAGAGUCUGUUUCUGUUUCCAUUUAAUUUUUAAAAAAUCAGAAAAUUAAGAUUUUUUUAACCUUUAAACUGUCGUCACCUUUGUUUUAGAUUGUUAUAUAUGCAGAAAUGUAUUAUUAUUUACACAGGAAUAAACCGCUGGUGGUGCGCCAGCGGUUUAUUUCUACUCCCAAAACAUUUAUAGCAUUACCAAUCAGAAAAACUUUGUGAAAUCAUAGGAAAGUGGCUUAAAAAAAUAUUAUAGGGGUUUAAACAAAAACCAUUUAUGGAUUUUUACACCACUCAAAUUUGAUCAGGCAGUAAUGUGUUCUGGAAAUGCCUUUACAUGUUUCAUGCAGAUAGAUUAUUCCUGAUUCAAAUUAUAUUUGUAAUUGUAGUUCUUUGUGCAAACAAUUUGCAAGUCCAAGCAUGACAACAGUUUAAAGGUUCAUGAAAUGGCAUAGAAACCACUGUGGCAUUUUGUAAUCAGAGAUUGUAGGAAAAUAGAAGUUCAUAAGUUCACCCAUUAGGCUCAGCCUUUAGGCCUAACUAAACUGGAUUUGUACAAACUGCAGAUACCAGUUACCUACUGCAGAUAAGAUUUUGACUUGUUUAUGAACUGCUUUCAUAACCUCAUCUCGAAUCCCUUUAACAUCUGUUCAACUGAAAUAUUAACAUCAGAUGCUGACAUUUAACACUAGUUAUACAUUUUCUUAGCUCCAGCUACUUACCGUGAUUCUCCAAACGGAAUAACUUGACUAUAUGUCAAAUCCUCUUGCUUCAAGUACAUCAGUUUAAAGCAAUAUCAACAACCCCCCCAACCCCCCCCCCCCUGAUAAUUUCUGGAUUGAAUGUUAACCAGCACUGACAUUUGCAUUCUGCCUGCUUGUUUUUAGCCAGUGGAUGCACGCUGCUGAUGAUGUCAGUGAUGUUUGUUGUUGAAACAUGUUGAACAUAGCAAUGCCUGAAUAAACCUAGCUGAUUUUUUGCCACUUUUAGACACUUUGAUAUAAAAACAAUCACUGCCCUAGGCCUCAGCAGUCUGAGAACAAAUAGUUGAAAGUGUGUUAGAUGGGAUGCCUCGCUUAUCUUGGAUAUGCUUCACAAAAAUUGGAAUUGAAGCAGCACAGAUCAGUAAGAUGCAAAGUAACUAUUUAAUGAAUACUAACCACAAAAUAGAAAGUCACAUGUUUCACUAAGCAGAUGCAUCAGCUUUCAAUGUCUACUACAGAAAUUGUGGCCUGAAUCACAUUGCUUUAAUGAACUGUUGGAGUUUAAACACUUGUAGUGUAUGAAAGGUACAACUGACUGUUUAAAAAGCCUUUUAUAAGAGCCAGGGGAGACGGCACUAAAAUAAAUCAAGGCUUUAUUGGUGGGUCAAAUAAUUUAGCAUAAGAUAAAAAUACCAGCUUAAAGUUGAUUAAAUAAAUCAGCUGCGGAAACAGACUGUUAGGUUAAUGUCUUGUUAUUUUUCCAUCUGAAACUUGUUGACAGCUAUAGUUAUUUGAGCUGAUAAAUUGAAAGUGAGUUUUCUGAGCCUGAAUUGUCUUACAGAGAUUAAUUUUCUUACUGUAGAGCCUGCUGACUCUGUCUGAGCUGAAGAUGAAUCAUUAGCAUGUGCAAUAUAUCAAUCAGAUAGAAGAUGUGCCAACUGCUUGGAUCACCAUCAGCAUACUGUACUUUUUUAAAUCAAUGCCUUUGUAUAAUAAACCUGUAAAUUACAGCUGUUGAGGAUUUGCUCAACAGGAGGUUUAUCUUUCUGUCUUUGCCUUUUUUCCCCUUACAAUUGAAGUAGUCCACCAAGAUUUUUACACUGCUUUCACAGCUACAGAAUGUGAGUACUACAUUUUGAGUCUAAGCUUGUACUAUUAGACAGGAACUGAUCUACACAGUGUGAACAGAAAUAUGCCAAAAUGUUUACUAAUGUUGCAGAGCCUAGUUUUGAUGGUUUACUUUCUUUGAGUAGCAGCGUUGUCUGUGGCCAUAGCUGGGACCAUGGCAUUUUCUAGACCAAUCGGACUGCAACUUCUGAGUGGAUAAAUGCCUUUACAUCAUCUUUUGUGGGCUGCUUGUAAUGAAAUGGUAAUAUUACUAAAUCAGUGGAAUUGUAUACAUAUACAGUGUACAGGUAAUGGUUAUAAAUUGUUUCAAAAAUAAAUGUAACUUCAUAAAUUU